AUGGAUUCUCUGCCCACCCCGUACCAGCUAGGCUUGACUAUCAAAUACCUUGAUGGGAGCGCCCUUGGUUCGAUUUGGAGCUGGAUAGUAUAUCUUGUUUCAUGGAGGAAAACGCGUCAACCACAAACACCAGUUCUUGUCACUACAUCUAGUAUUGCUAUACUCGCUACGGCCCUGGGCCUUCUAGUAACUGCUGCGGACACCUGGCUCCACUUUGUCACCACCACAGUACCGUUUACCCAAGUAUCGCCUGUUGCCGACCAGAUGGGAUAUAGCUUCGGUUUGAUCCCAGAAUGUCUAUCUACAAAUAAUUCCGCCGUGGCGCAAAAUGAGGCGCAAAUACUUUGCAGCAUUCAAUUUGGACAAGGCAGUUAUCUUCGGAAUAUCGCCACCACACUGCAAAUGAUUAGCAAUGCCUCUUCUGACGCAACUGUUUACACGCAUACAGACCUCAAUGGAAAGCCAUACGCCUACUUUGGCGUCCCAUCCGACAAUCUCGCUGCCGAGCACGACUUCACCGCGCAUACAUACGGUGGCGAUUUGAAUCCAAACUUCUUACGUAGCCUACACGGCGGUAUCGCCUUCGUCCUCGGGUGCAAAAGCACAGUAUACGAUGUUGAGUAUGAUCGGGUGAAUGGAAGCAUAACACGCUUUGACACUCGGCCGAGCAAUACUUCCGUCAGUAACAUAUGGCAAGCAACCAUAUCAAAUUACGGAACAGACUGGACUUUACCCGUGAAGCAGGCCAUGACAGAUGCAUUAUUUAUGACCAACACCAGUCGCGCAUUUGCGGAUAUGAUUGCCCUCUCUUUCAGCAAGGCCAGCAUGGCUAUGGGGACACAGGGAAUUGAACCAAGACUGGCUUUAGCUUUGCAAAGGCAAAUUACGACACUAGUUGCAAGUAUUCCCAUGGCCCCCUUAAUUGCAUUUGUGGUUGUUUCUUUGCUUUUUGUUGUGACUAGCAUGCUGCUUACCGUGUUGGCGAUUUGGGCGUCAAAGCUUGAACAGGUCCGUUAUAUUCAAGCAAGCCUUGGAACUGUUGGAUUAGUAGCAGAUCGGUUUGAGAACAACAGUCUCAAACGGGAUGCUGCCAGCGUCGAGGGGUUUUUCGCGGAAUAUGUCAGCAAGACGAGUCGACGAGUUGCAAUAGAGACAGACAAAGAGUCGGGUUAUAUAUAUACACAACCUGGCAAGACACAGAUGUAUCGAAUUCUGGCAGUCAUCUUCUCCGCUGAUAGUCUCACCCGGCUCGGUGCAUAG